AUUACAGUACAAAAAGCUAAUUCAUGUGUAUAUUUUUAAAUAAAAAAUAUUUAUAUAUACAAAAAUCUAAAAAUAGCUUCCAAGUGUCUAUAUUAAACCAAUGAAACAAAAAACAACAUUUUAUAAAUAUUUUCUAAAUAAAGUUAUACAUGAAUAUUCAUAUAAAUACACUUAAUAUGAAUUAUACUUACUUAUAUAUGAAUGUAAAUAUAUAUAUAAAUAUAUGUGUACUUAAAUGAAUAAAUAAAAUAGUUACAUAUUGUUGAUAACAUUUUAAUAAUUGAAAUGCCUCUUGGGGAGUUUUUCUUCCGCUAAAUGCAAGGUAUAUGUUAAGUGUGUAACCAGAAAAACAUUUUGUAUGCGUCGGUCUUGUAUAAACACAAAGACAGACUUAUUUAAGCCUAGAACAUAAGGAAAAACAGCUAGUAAUAGCUCCUAUUAACUAUACAAUGGCUGAAGCUGGAAAAAUUCCGCCAACUCAUGUUAACUUAAGGCGUCCUGUACAAAUAGUAAAGAAACGUUCAGGACCAUUAGAUGAAGUAUUAGCAGAACUUAAUAAAAGUGAAACUGUCUGCACAACGACUUCCACACCGUCAUCAUCAAAUCAUGUUAAAUCAGCAGCUGCACCAACAAACUUUGGUUCACAUGUUAAAAUUGCAAACGUUACACGCCCAUCACCUACCUUAACUCGGCGCCGUUCAACUCUAAAAGAUAAAGAGAAAAAAAGAGAACGUUGGCUCUUGACAAGAAAAACAUGGAAAUAUAUGACAGAUGCCGGCCGUAAACUGAUACCUGAUGGCGUUCAAAAUAGACAGGAAGAUAUACCAAAGAUUGAGGCUCAUUUCCAAAAAGUAUGUGCUUCAGAGCCACAUUUUGUUCUAUGGAGGCGCAAAUCAUCCUAUCCCGGUGCCAUGCGUAAUUCAAAAAAGCGCCUAAAGCAACUACUUCAACAUACAGGUCAAAAAUCACAUGCCUUAGAGCAAGAAGAAAUAAAUAAUGCUGAUCUUGUAUUAGAGCUCUUACAUAGCCAUUUGAAAUUGGAUGAAGCUAUUAAAACUGACACACUUUUAGGCACUAAAACUGAGGGUCCCCAUCAAACUAACUCACCUAGUGCCCAAAGGCCAAAACCCAUAACAAGAUCCAUCAGAAAAAGCGAUGGAAUGAACGUGUCUCUUAGGGGACCAGGUUUCUUACCACCAGCAGCAACCCAAUUGCAAGAAUUAAGUGUGGAAGAUCAACUAUUGCAGCGACUAUUAGCAUUAUCUCGUAGUUCCAUGCUUCCUGAUACCAUCGAUAUACCACCUGAGAAAAUAAAUGCCGAACUGUUAAAUGAUAAAGCGACUUUGAAGAAGAUAUACAACGCUUUAAAAAAGCAACAGUUACACCGUAUUCUUACCAAACAUUCCAUACCGUCAAAGUCGCGUACAAAUCUAACACAUUCAACGUCCAUGUUGUCGCUUUUGCAUUUUGGUAGUAGCCAACCUAAGACCAAAACAUUCAUCAGCACCGGAGAAAAAUCAAUAAAAACGAAAUCACCAACAAUAGCUUCUAAUUGUUCAUCGAUCCCAUCCUUAUCCUCUUCUACUACAUCUAUAACUCCUGUCACCACAACAGGGCAAUACACACAUAAUGAUUCAGGCAUUCAACCAGUCGUACCACAGAGGCAACGAAAACCCCCUACAACUUUAAAUUUGUCUGGUAUUUCUAAUUCUUCUAGAAAAGAUCAACAACAUCGACCUGCCGUAAUAGAAAAACAAUUAAAUUCAUGUGGCACACAGACAAAUUUUAUACCUUUAAGUGAAAUAAAAAGGCUAGCCGAGGAUUAUAAAGAAUACAAAAGGGAAGAGAUUGCGGCAGAAGCUGGAGGAGCAGGCGGAGGUAAUGUUACAACAGACGAUGAAGGUGAAAAACAAGCAAGUUAUUCCCACCGUAGAAAAAGUUCAAUUGACAACGAAGAUGUCUCGCAAUCUGUAAGCGAUACGAUUAAACGUUAUUUGCGAAUGGCACGUAAAAAAAGCAUUCAUGAUGAGAACGCUAACCGCUUUAAGCGUGUUAACUAUGAUAGAAAUUUACGUAACAUACAAGCUAAAGGUGAAAUAAAUCCACCCGGAAUGGAUGAGGACAAUAAUAAGGCUGUUCAAACGUUAGAUGCAUGGGCUUUAAUAACACUAGACUUUAUAAGGGGUAAUGAAAACUCCGGUGUUUUAGAAACGGCUCAUAAUGAUUGGCAAAAGGCACUAGAUGAGCGUGUACAAAGAAAAUUAGAAUAUGAACAGAAAAUUAAUGCAAAACAUGAUCGGCAGCAGCAACCGCGAUCAAGCGUUGUUUAUCAGUCGACAUCAAGUUGCUCAUCAUCAGCUCCAACCUCGCCCACGUCUAUACAGUCACCAACAAUGAUGAAUAGGACAUCUACAUCGUCAUCUGGGUCUUACGAUGUAAGGUCAGCAACAGAACAUACAAAUGUCGGUAGUGUUGGCACUAAUGUUGUUGUGGGAAUUAAUACUUCUGGAGAAAAUAUUGGCAAUAUGGGCGGUAUUUUCCAUUCAAGUUCACAAUUUAUAGCAAAUCUUUGGCAUGGCACUACCAAUUCAUCGAACUGUUCUUCUCCCACAUCUAUUGCAACAUCAUCAAACAACCAAAAACAUGACCAACUAAGUCCGUCGUCAUUUAAUGAUAGUAUCGAUGUAAAUAUCGCCUCAAAUAACAGUGCAGACAUGAUAAAAUCGAAGUCCUUGUCACACAUCGGUCAAUAUGUUUCAACAAAAAUACUCAAAGGACAUACAAAGAAUCAACAAAAGUCAAGCGAAUUACUGCCAUUAAAUUCAUCAAACACAUCUAAAGUGCCAAAAUGGUCAAAGUCAGGCAAAUGUUCUUGGAGUUCAGAAACUGGCGAACGAAUUGAUUUAUGUGACUGUGCAUUCCACAUUUUGUCCGAGUUGGAGGCCAAAAUGGUACAAAAAAUUUGCUUGGAGAAGAUAGUUGAAUUAAAUAUUGGAAUCGAUUUAAGUACAUUUACAGAUCACACCACGUCACUAUUUGGUCAUAGCCUGGAAGAAUGUGUGAUCAAUGACAAAAAACGUGAAAUGUCAAAUUUAAGCGCUACAUCAGAUAGAGGAUCGAGAAAUUCCAUUGUGUCUUUGUUCCGGGUUGGAAGUAGCAGAGGUGUAAAAGAUUCCAUAAAUUCUCACAAACUAAAUGAAAAUGUACGUUCCUGUGAGAAUUUACCCACUGAGCAUGAAACACAGUGUGAUAAUGUUAAAAGUAACUCUAAAUAUACAACAAUUACUAAUUAUCUUGGUAACAUGACAAAAUCAGCAUCUAGACGGAUAUCACGUAGUCAAACAGAUGUUAGAAGGGGCAGUCAUGAUCAUUCUGUGAUUUCUACUCAUAUUAGGGAUAAUGAUGACGGUGCUGAUGUCCCAAUAUAUAAACCACUACAAGUUCCACAAUUUGUUACAUGCUGCAUAAAUUAUUUGGAAGAAAAUGGGCUGCACAAAGUAGGCAUAUUUCGAGUAAGCACCUCGAAAAAAAGAGUAAAGCAGAUGCGAGACAAUUUUGAUAAGAAUAAUGAUAAGAGUUUUGAUGAUGAUACAUGUCCACACAAUGUUGCCACACUUUUAAAAGAGUUCCUAAGAGACCUUCCGGAGCCUUUACUGUCAAAUGGUCUUUAUAAUGCAUUUUUGGAAACUCAAAAAAUACGCAACCGACGUUUACAACUAGAGGCUUUAUCACAUCUAGUAAAACUUUUGCCGCCCGCACAUCGUGACACUUUAUAUGUGUUGUUAAAAUUUUUAGCAAAAGUUGCAGCCUGUUCGGAUGAUAUUUGCGAUAAUGACGGAACUGUACAUCUUACUGGAAAUAAGAUGGAUAGUAAUAAUUUGGCAACUGUUUUUGCACCUAAUAUUUUACGGUCAACGGAAAAAUACAAAUCAUCGUCCAGAGAUUACUUAAAUUCUAGUAAGGAACAAGAGUCCAUUAGUGAUGCCAUAAAUGUGAUAAGGAUAAUGAUCGAUCAUUAUGAAGAACUUUUUCAAGUACCGGCUGAUAUUCUGGAUAUUAUCUAUACGCAGCUACUAGAUGAAGAUCCCGAUCAACUUAAUAACAUUUGCGAAUAUCACAAAACAACGAUGCGUUUAAAUAAUUAAAAUAUUUUUGUAUAUUUUUCCUAUAAAUAUAAAUUAGGUUUUACUUAUACAAAAAAUUCAAAAUUCCAGAUCGUUCCUUUGUAAGAUUUGUAUUUUUUCCGAACGAUUUGUAGUUUUUGUAUUAAAUAUGUAUGUUGAAUUUAUUUGUAAUGUGCAUGAAAUAAGAUUUCCAAUUUAUCAGUUUUUAAGAAAUUAUUUGUUAUUUUUAUACGGACUUAUCCAUGUCUAGCCAUUGACGUUUCCCCAAGUUAAGGAAAGCUAAAAAAAUUAAAAAAAUUGUUUUAAAAAAUUGCUUUUAUAUCUAGUUUAAAUAAAUAUUUUUAAUAUUGCUACUCAUAAAACUGAUCAAUUAUUAUAUAGGACGAAAAAAAAUUUCGGAAUCUUGGUUGUCUAAACCCCACAAAACGAUUUUCCUUUCCAGAUAUUGAGAUUUGAGCUGGAUUAAAGAACGUUAACACGUCGCUCAAAAUAUAAAAAACUCAAAAUUUUUUGGCAAAAAGCUUACAUAUGAAGCUAUAACUACUGAACGGUAAAUAAAAGAAACACGCUUUGUAUCUCAAAUCAAUCUUAAAAUUUAUAUUAAACUAUUC